CACUGCUGAUCAAUCAAUCCAUCUUGGACGCAUUCCAUUCAUCAUGGCUGCUGUCCUUUCACCAUUGUAUUCAUCAGAAUGCCGAAACUUCACUUUUGAUUUUGAGGAAUUCAUUAAGAAUGAACUAGGACUUGAUUUAGAUAAACCCAAGAAGAAAGAAGACGAAAACAUUUGUAAAUACUUUUUGCGAGGAACGUGUCAUAAAGGUGCAUCAUGUCAAUACAAACAUACACGGGGUGACCGUGAAAAGUCCGUGGUCUGCAAGCACUGGUUGCGUGGAUUAUGUAAAAAGGGCGAACACUGUGAAUUUUUGCACGUAUUCAAUAUGAAGAAGAUGCCAGAGUGCUGGUUUUAUUCCAAGUACGGAGAGUGCUGCAACGGUGAUGAGUGUCAAUAUCAGCAUAUCGACCCAGAGAGCAAAGUCAAGGAGUGCCCAUGGUAUGCUCGAGGUUUCUGCAAACAUGGACCUAAUUGCCGAAAUAAACAUGUUCGAAAGUUGAUCUGCCAGAAUUAUCUGACGGGUUUCUGUCCGCUUGGCUUAAACUGUCCAAAUGGCCAUCCUCGAUACGAAUUACCUGUCAUGCACAACGACGACCGAAUGGACGACAUGGCACCUGAACAACAGCAACAACCUCCGCGCGUUCCAUUCACACGAGGCGACCAGGCACCGCAACAACAGCAACGCUUCAAUCACAGCAACAACGCUGGACCACCUGGUGGUGGCGGUGGUAACUUUGUACGAAGACCAUUAGAAGAAGUUACAUGCUUCAAGUGUGGACAGCAAGGUCAUUAUGCCAACAAGUGCCCCAACGGACGAGCGAACGUACGAUAAGGAUAGCAUAGCAUAGUACAGAAGGCUAGUGUUCUUAUGACAAAUGGAAUGUAAGGAUGUCACUGCCUCAGAAUACCUCAUGGCAAUAAGUUCAUGCUGUACAAAGCAGACAAUCAGAUCAAUAACAAAAUGAAAAUAAAGAACAAAAUAAAAUAAAAUCCCAUCAAAAUGUCUGUUUGAUAAUGAAGGGCCUAUUUGAAUGAAUACUGUUGUGAAUUUUUGUGU